AUGUCUCAAUCUAGACAUGACCCUCAACUCUCGCUCCAGCGUGCCCAAGAAUCAUGGGCCCUUGGCUAUCAACAGCCCUGGGUCCAAAGAUCAUUCACUCGGGCUCAACGCCUCCAAGCACAGCCUGGCGAGAUUGUAUUCUUGAAAAAGGACCAAUACCUAAGCGGACAGGAUCACGAGUGCCUAGUUAAAAGCGGUCAUGUGCCUGAGAGAGCCACUGGCCACCCGGUCAUCGUUCUCAGCCAUGACCCAGACUCGACUCAUGCAGUCGUCACGACGAUCUCCGCCUAUUCCUCCAGCGAGUACAACAACUACUUGGCGCCGUGGAAGCAGAGAGUCCACUCGACUAAGAAUUGGCGAGACUUCCGUGCAUUCCAAGGCUCCGAGCGCCCCAGUGAUCAACAGCCACACCUACAGCUCAAGGGCGGCAAACUCAUGCCCAAGCCAGAGGUCUCCUGGGUCUACGCCCAAUGCGCCUUCGUCGUCCCCAUCACCGCCCUGGGUCACUACGACAAGUCGCCCACCAGACUCUGCAUGACACAGCAGAGUUUGAAGGAUCUUCGCGACCACAUGAUCAAGUUUGUUCACAUCAGGACUCUGCUGCAGGAUCCUCGGCUCUUGUAUACUUUCAAAAACGGCAUCAUCGAGGCUCCUGCUACGCCUUUGCUACCUACGAUGCAGCCCAUGACACAAUAUUCGAGAACAGUCUCACAGGCCCCCAUUACGCAGCUCAGCUCUCGGCUGAGCAGUAUGAGAUUGCAACCCCAAAAGACAUCUGCCGGCAGCAAAUGCAACAAGGCUCUCCAAAGUAGGAACUGGAGAGCCGAUAUUGCCGGCCAUGUCACCCGGCCUAUAGUGGUCGCCGUCAGAUGA